GUUGAGAGCUCGCGAGGCCGCGCAAUGAGGAUAAGGGGAAGCUCAGGCACAAACCGGCUGUAGACUGAGCCUGUGAGCUGGUUGAUCGAAGCGCUGAGAAAAUAAAUAUCAUGCUCGGGGGAAAUCCAACUUGAGAAUAGCACUGGCUUGAAGCCCUUCAGCGGAGACGACUUGGCUUACACACUUUAAGAAGUCCGUUCCGUUGUCCCACGUACUCUUUCGUAUACUUUGCCCCUGGGCCAGGUUCUCCACGACACCAUCAUGACGCGCCGCAUCCUCCUCAUCAACGGCCCAAAUCUCAACCUCCUCGGCAAGCGGGAGCCACACAUCUACGGCUCAACCACCCUCGCCGACGUCGAAGCCAGUGCUCGCACCCAGGCUUCGUCACUGGGCGUCGAGCUCGAGACGUUCCAGUCCAACCACGAGGGCGCCAUCGUCGACCGCAUUCAGGAGGCGGCAGGCUGGGGGCCCAACUGUCUACAUGACCGUGCGCCGAAGGAGAGAGUGUCGGCUAUCAUCAUCAACCCGGGGGCGCUGACCCACACGAGCGUCGCCGUCAGGGACGCGCUGUUGGCCGUCGAUAUUCCGUUUGUGGAACUACACGUCUCAAACGUACAUGCGCGGGAGCCGUUCCGGAAGCACAGCCAUCUGAGCGACAGGGCCGUGGCUGUUAUCUGCGGGAUGGGCGUGUAUGGGUACACAGCAGCGAUCGAGUUUGCGGCGAGGCAUAUGAAGGUGUAAAGGACACCAUCGAGCUCUGUGUUUACUUUGCGGAAUAUACCAGGAGAGGAGAAAUGCGAACUAGUUCACCACAAGGGAAAACAUGAGACUUUGCCCGGAAAGGCGGAUGCUGGGAUGAAUCAUGUUGUCUAAGCUACUACUCCUGCUUCAUAGAAAAUGCCGCUCUAUCCACGCACUGCC